AUGAAAGCUUCAUCAAAGCCAAUAUCAAGUCCGAGCACGGCGGAGCAAUUCCUACCGCCCCUAAUCACAUUCUUGAAGAGUAGAAACAGGGGAAGAUCACGUCCUACCCCAAUGUUUGCAUCAACAGUGACCGAACCUAUUCAGGACCCUUCUUCUCCAGAAGUCACCUGCAUUGGCCAGGUCAGAGCCAGCAGCUCCGCCGAACCCAAUGUCGAGAAACCCGGCGGCGCCUCCCCUAGCCGCCGCCGCUGCUGGUUGCUCAAGAAAGUCCUUUUUUGUGGGCAAUCACCGUUAAGAUUCCGCUGCCGGAAAAGAAGCAGUUUGUGCAAGUGGGGUUCGUUUUUAAGGUUUGGUUGUUUCAAGAAAGUCGACACAGCAGAGGAUUCUUUCAGGGUUUGUUCUAAUCAGACAAGUGCAAAGACACAAAAUGUUGGUGGUGGUAGCGACAGAAACAGCCGAAGUAGGGUUGAUGAAUCUUCUUCUCCACUAAAAAUUGUUUCAAUCUUGACAAGAUGUAAAUCUACCCCUCACAGAUCUCUGUCAUUGAGAGGCAGAUUUUGGGGUUUAGUCAAACUGAAAAUGAGAAAAAAUCCGGAAAACUGCAAAAGCCCGGCUGUGAAAAUGCAGUGGAAGAGUCGAGAACGAGCCAAGAAAGUAGUCAAGAAUUGA